UUGAGAGCCAUGUUGGCUAAGAAUGCUGUGGGGCCCGUGAGGCAGCAAGUGGAGGUUGUGGGACUUCUUACAGAACCCUCCUUUCACAUGGCUGUGUAUGCUGCAGAGGCUCUGAGGAGAAAUUUUCCAGCCAAGAUAGCAGAGCCUAAAGUGCUUCCUCUGCUGCAAUUUGCAUGGGAUGAAUAUCUACAGGACAAAAAAAGGGAGUUGAAAGGAGAAAUAUGGGAAUAUCCCUCCAACGUGAUGUGUUUUGUUGAUGGCCAGCUUCUUGGAGAUGAAAAAAUGCUACUAAAGUGGGCUUAUGAUGUUUGGGAUUAUCAAGACUUUAAACCCACAGCACUUUAUGAAGCCAUUACACAGGAUUUCCUUAUGAAAUACAUGAGAAGCAAAAAGCAUGUGUUUGUGUUCUUCGAGAUAGCUAUUCAGGAGGUGCCAAUCGGAAAAUUGCUCUUUGAGCUCUAUUCUGAUAUCUGUCCCAAAACAUGUCGGAACUUUCAAUACUUGUGUACAGGGCAGAAAAAGAACCCUGAGUCGGGGCUGGCACUCACUUACCGAGAUUCUAUCUUUCACCGACUUGUAAAAAAUGGCUGGAUACAAGGAGGAGACAUACAUGAAGGAAGAGGGAAUGGAGGCGAGGCAAUAUACGGACCUAUCUUUGAAGAUGAAAAUUUUGCAGUUCCCCAUGACCGUAGAGGUGUUCUUGGAAUGGCCAACAAAGGACGCCACAGCAAUGGGUCCCAGUUCUACAUCACACUACAGCCAGCACCUUACUUGAAUGACAAAUAUGUGGCUUUUGGACAGGUGAUCGAGGGCUCCGAAGUUCUCCGGGAACUGGAAGCAACAAAUACAUUCAACGAGAGGCCAGUUGUAGAAUGUAAAAUUAUUAACUGUGGAGUUUUUUAACUGUGACUAUGGAUGAUUUAUUUAAUUUUACUGUAGUGCAUAACUAUGUUGUUUUCUGAUCACUGGGUUUAUGGGUUGU